CUGCGCUGUGUCUCUACUGCCCUAUAUAAACCCAUACGCGCUGCAUAGAGUCAGCGAACAGCUUCGUGGUGGUGAAACAACACGUUACUUAAACGUCAAACAUUGACAAAGAAGGCAACCCACAAUGGAGAGAAUCUCAUGGACACUUUUUCUGCUCUCUCUCGCAUAUCUAGAGGGAUCUUCGCAAGAUUUCGAACAGACCCAGUUCAUCUGCACGUCCGUGCCCAAGGAUAUGGACCUGUGCGCAGCCACUAUGCAGAACAGUGGACCAGCGGAGGAUCUGAAGACCACAGUAAUGCAGUUAAGGGAGACAGUCCUACAGCAGAAGGAAACUAUAAUGAACCAGAAGGAGACGAUCAGGGAACUAACUUCGAAGUUGAGCCGCUGUGAGAGUCAGGGUGUUCUGGAGCCCGUGGCCGGAGGUCGGAGGAAAGAACCGGGCAAAAACACAAUGGGAGACGUGUCCCGCGGCCAGACAGAUACUAUAGCCCAACUUGGGCAGACUUUAGCCACGCUUAAACAGAGAUUGGAAAACUUGGAGCAGUACAGCAGGAACAACGGCUCUGUCCAGGCGAACAGCCUUAAAGAUCUGCUUCAAAAUAAGAUCGAUGAUAUGGAGAAGCAGGUGCUCUCCCGGGUCAAUACUCUGGAGGAGAGCAAACCCGGGCAGAAGAACGACACGGAUCAGCGCAAUCGAGUGGAGUCAACACUCACCUCCUUACAUCAGAGAAUUAACGACCUGGAGAAAGGUUCAAAAGGUACCAGGCCACUGGACAAGUAUCAGAUAACAUUCCCCUUAAGAACAAAUUACAUCUAUGCCAAAGUGAAGAAAAGUCUACCAGAAAUGUAUGCCUUCUCUUUCUGCUUGUGGAUAAAGUCCAAUGCAUCACCCGGAGUGGGAACACCCUUCUCCUAUGCUGUUCCUGGACAAGCUAAUGAGCUUGUUCUCAUAGAAUGGGGGAACAAUCCAAUGGAGAUUCUCAUAAAUGACAAGGUUGCAAAAUUACCUUUCGUCAUCAAUGAUGGUAAAUGGCAUCACAUCUGCAUCACAUGGACGACUCGUGAUGGAUUAUGGGAGGCAUUUCAGGAUGGUGUUCUGCGUGGAACUGGAGAGAAUCUGGCACCCUACCAUCCAAUAAAACCCAACGGUGUACUAGUUUUAGGUCAGGAGCAGGACACACUUAGUGGAGGUUUUGAUGCAACCCAAGCCUUUGUUGGUGAACUGGCAAAUUUCAAUAUAUGGGAUAGAAAAUUAACAGCUGGAGAAAUCUACAACCUGGCAACCUGCAACAACAGAGCACAAGCUGGAAAUGUGUUAUCAUGGUUGGAAAGUAAUAUCGAUGUGUUCGGUGGAGCCACUAAAUGGACUUUUGAGGCCUGCCGUCAACUCAACUGAACUGCAAAGUGGGGGCCAUAGCCAAUCUCAGAUCCAUGUUUCUAGUUUUUGUCUUUCUUUUACUCAGUUUGACAUUCGUGAAAAAGAAGAGUUCUUGAUAAAACAAUUAAAGGUACUUUAAGAGUAAACCUGGGGUUUCUAUGAAUACCUGAAUAUUUCUGUGCAAAAC